GAUAAAAAAAAACUAAAUAGAGGUACUUGGGCUCACUCUAUCUGCUAAGUCAUGAUAAGUUUCGACCGCAAAUCUUCUGAUAUCUGAUCUGUUAAUGUUGCGCUGGGUCGUUCGCGGCUGUUUGGUACAUCAGCGGGUCUGUGUAAGGCACAGACCUACCAGUCCCUCAGCGGUUAUCAGCGGUCACUUUCUUCUCUGCCACGAGGGAGGGAAAAGAGGGAGACAGGAUAUCGCUGAGGCUCGUCCCUCCGUUUUUCGGGUCCGGAUCAUGAGUGCUUCGUUCAGUCUCCUGUAACCCGCACUCGUUUGCUUUUGUAUCAAUUUCGCAUCAACUUGGGGGAAAGUGUGGAAACUGCGUCGCUGCAGCAUCGGUGAGACCCGACCAGAAAGUACGUGAUGUGAAUCCUGAACACAGCUUGGACUGAUUUCUUUUUUUCAAACUGAACCAGAGCAUCUUCUAAUCGAAUUACCUCAGCCAUUAUUCAUUGACCUUCUCUAACUUGGACUUUUUUUGUUGUUGUUGCCUUUAUUGAUUGAGAACACAGACUCUCCAAGUUAUUCUUUCCCUCUUUUUUUGACAAAUAGUCGAAAUGGCGUCACUGUAUCAGAGAUUCACCGGCAAGAUCAACACAAACAAAUCCUUCCCUAACCCUCCAGAGGCGAGCCAUCUCCUCGGGCAAGGUGUGGAGGGGGAGAGGGCGGCGGAGAACCAGCGAGCUCGGCCUCAGCAUCAGUACCGUCGGCACUGCGAGGACGAGGAUGAGCUGGUGGGCAGUAACCCUCCGCAGAGGAACUGGAAGGGAAUAGCGAUCGCCCUUCUUGUCAUUCUGGUCAUUUGCUCGCUGAUCGUCACCUCCGUCAUCCUGUUGACACCAGGCGAAGAUGACCGCCUGGCUCUCAAGGGGAAGGUGACCGUUGGAGACCUCUUCAGAAAAGACUUCAAGGUUCAUGACCCCAACGCCAAAUGGAUAAGCAGUAAUGAGCUGUUGUACCGUAACCGUGAUGGCGAUGUUGUCAAGUUCAACGUUGAUACCGAUGAAAAGACCAUCUUGGUUCAUAACAAGAAGUUUGAAAUGUACAAAGCCAGCAAGUAUGAGGUGUCUCCUGACAUGAAGCAUGUGCUGCUGGCCUACAACGUUGCACCGGUGUACCAGCAUUCCUACACAGCCUUCUACAUCAUCUGCAGUUUGGAGACUCCGGAGACGUGGAACUUGAACCCUCCAGAGGUGCGAAAUGCUCAGCUGCAGUACGCCGGCUGGGGACCCCAGGGUCAGCAGCUGAUCUUCAUUUUUGAGAACAACAUCUACUAUCGCUCGACGGUGGAGAGCCGCUCCAUUCGGCUGGUGUCCACAGGCAAGGAGGGCGUCAUCUUCAAUGGGCUCAGCGAUUGGCUCUAUGAAGAGGAGAUUUUCCAGUCCCAUGUUGCCCAUUGGUGGUCUCCAGAUGGUGCAAGGUUGGCCUACGCCACAAUCAAUGACACCCUGGUGCCCCGGAUGGAACUGCCCAUGUUCACAGGCACACCUUACCCAAUGGGGAAAGAGUACCACUAUCCUAAGGCUGGUGAGGAGAACCCAGUUAUCACUCUGUAUGUUGUGAACCUGAACGGCCCUCUUCACACCAUCGAGAUGAGAAGACCUGAUGAUCCCAGGAUAGGUGAAUACUAUGUGACCAUGGUCAAAUGGGCCACCACCACUAAACUGGCCAUCAACUGGCUGAACAGAGCCCAGAACAUCUCUAUACUCACACUGUGUGAGGCCACAACAGGAGUCUGCACUAAGAAACAUGAGGAUGAAAGUGAAGGAUGGCUGCACAGACAGAAUGAGAGGCCUCUGUUUUCCAAAGACGGACUUAAGCUGUUCUUCACUCGAGCCAUUCCUCAAGGAGGCAGGGGCAAGUUCUUCCACAUCUCCAUGUCCAUCUCCCAGCCCAACACCAGUACAGACACCCUGCAGUCCAUCACCUCUGGAGACUGGGAUGUGACCCAAGUCCUGGCCUACAAUGAGGACAGUCAGCUGAUAUACUUCUUGAGCACUGAGGAUGGUCCAAAACGAAGGCAUCUGUACAGUGCUGACACGUUUGGUUCAUUCAACCGUCGCUGCCUGUCCUGCGCCUUGUCCGACAGCUGUGGCUACAUCAGCGGCUCCUUCAGCCACAACAUGAGCUAUUUUCUGCUCAAAUGUCAAGGCCCUGACAUCCCGUUUGUAGCCGUGUACAAGACACAGAGAGACGCCGAAAGCGAGACGCAAGACAGAGAAAGUAUUGCUGAAGUAUAUAAACUGGAGAACAAUGAGAACCUGAGGCUGACCCUGGACUCCAUGCAGAUGCCCACAGUGGAUUACAAGGAGAUCAACAUGGAUGAUUAUACUUUGUCGAUGCAGAUCCUCAAACCCGCAGGCUUCGUGGACACUUCACACUACCCGCUCAUCCUGCUUGUCGAUGGGACACCUGGUGGUCAGAUGGUGUCAGAACGGUUUCACAUGGACUGGGCCACAGUCCUGGUGAGCAGCUUCGGUGCCGUCGUGGUGCGCUGUGAUGGACGGGGCAGCGGCUUCCAGGGCACCAACCUGCUUCACCGGAUCCAGAAGAAAGUGGGUGUGUUCGAGGAGCAGGAUCAGAAGGAUGCGCUCAAUUUUAUUUUGAAAGAGCCCUACAUUGACAAAACCAGGGUUGGAGCUUUUGGACAGGUGUAUGGCGGCUAUGUGACCAGCUUGUUGGUCAGCGGUGAGGAGUCUCCUGUAAAAUGUGGAGCUGUCCUGUCACCCAUCACCGACUUUGAAUUAUACGCCUCUGCAUUUUCAGAGAGAUAUCUUGGACUGCCUAAACCUGAUCCAAGGGCAUACACAAUGGCAAAUUUAGCGCACAGAGCAUCUCAGUUUAUGGACAAGAAGUUUCUUAUUAUCCAUCCAACAGCUGAUGAAAAAGUUCAUUUCCAACAUACAGCAAAAUUCAUCGCGCAGCUCAUCAAUGAAAAGGCCAACUACACCUUACAGAUCUACCCAGAUGAAGGCCACUUCAUUCACAGCGAAGCCACACGGCAGCACCUCAGUCAGUCCCUGGUGAAUUUCUUUGAGGAAUGCUUCAGGCUACCAGAGAGAGUGUUUGAGGAGGCUCUGGAAGAAGAGAGCGAAGACGAGGGUUAGCUUGGCCUUUUAGGGCUCCUCCUGUGCCCCCCAAAUCCUCCCCCACCCAUGUAGUCAUCUACCACAACACUGGUGUCCAAUAGUCCACAAUAUGCAACUCUCAUCUGCUCUUUCCAUUUGUUUUGGUUUGCGUUUGGACCACCCACCCCACCCGUGUCAGCAUGCUGAACCUGAAACUGCCCUUCCAGCAGACGACGGAUCAACUCCUAACAUCCAUCCUCCCAUCCUCAUCUCCUGCCCUAAGUUCAAAUCCAAAAGGGAGAGAGCCAGAGAGCCAACAAAGACUGAUGACCUGACAUGAUGUUUUGGAAUAUACUGAUUGAUCUAACAGGAAGCAGUCUCCUUCACAGCAGGAUGGACCAGCUCCUCAGAAGCAGUGGAGAGAAAGCAUCAGCUCUCACACAGACUUUUCAAUCUGCAAGGAGAAGGAACACCUUAUAGCACAUAACUCGUGGGCUUGUAUAUCGAUGAAAAAUCAGACGCCUGAUGAAAAACACUGGUUGGCAGUGUUUCUAAGGGGUGUCUGGAAUUGUGUGGAUACAGGAAAUGUUACUAUUUUUAAAGUUGUGAAGAACUUUCCAUGUUGGACUGUGGUUGUGUCUCUUGUUCUUACAGUAUGUAAAAUAGCACACAAAUGUUCACUCAGCUAUUACUGAUAUAUUUUCUUUUGGUAUCAUGUUUGCCCUCAUGUUGGUUUCAAAACGUAGCCUCAUCUUAUGUAUUUUAGUGAUGCUGACAGAAUUCUCCAACUGGUAAAAUGUUUGGAGGUUUAAAAAAAAAAAAAAAAAAAAAAAACGCCAUGGGUUUUUAUUAAUGUUCAUUUUAGACAGUUUUAUUGUGAUGCUCUGGUUUUUACCAAUGUUGAAGCAUUAACUUGAUUUGGUCACUGUGCCUUACUUUCACUAUAAACAUCCUGCUGUGGGACUGCAGUUAUAAACUACAACAAGUCUAAUUUUAUAGGAAUAGUUUGAUAUUUUUGGGAAAUAUUCUUAUUCGAAAUUGAUACCACUCAGAUCUGUCCAAUAAAUAUUAGGUUACAGCCACCAGCCAAUUAGCUUAGUAUAACGGCUGAGACACAGCUAGCUAAGCUCUGUCCAAAGGUAGCGAACUAUUCGAACUUGCUCCUCUGAUGCUAACUAUUAGAAUGUUAUAACCUGUUUAAUCCGUACAAAAACCAAAGUGUAAAAAACUUCAACUUCUGGUUUAACAGGGGUCAUUACCUUGACUAUCUUUUAGCCUGUAGCAUUAACUUCCUGUACUUGCCAGAGGUGCGUCUAGACAGAUUUUCUUACUUGCCGACAAAACUAAGCUAACUGUUUUUCACCUUCCUCCGUUGUGCCCUUUCACAGGGAAAAGGCGAAGAAUUAAGUGACGGGCAGCUUUCAUGUUCACUCACCUAUCGUGAAUGACUUUAUACACAAUACAACCAAAAGUCUCUCAGUGGACAUGUAAAUAGCGCCACAACAGUUAGGCAGUAGCAGUAGCUAACGCUAGCUCAGCUUGCACUUCGACGAAGUACAAAAUUUAUCAAACAAUGGAAAACAGUAGACAACAGUUACCAGGAAAAGGUUUUGUCAAAUUUACAAUGAUAUGUGUACAGUAUGUUUGUUUUUACCUUAAACAGGGAAAUAAUGAGGACUGAAGCGACACGCAGUUAUCGUGUUCAUUCAUCUAUUUUGAACGACGGUUCCCCUCUACCGGGAUCCUGAGGCAUUACUAGUCCAUCACCGCACAAUCGAUCACAAUCAACGCAGACACCACUCUGCAUUGCAGAUCUACAAUAUUCAAAUUCUAAUCACAUAGUACUAAAAUCAUUUAACAGGCACAGGCAAAGGAAAAAUUAAACUGUAAAAAUGCAACACAAUGAAUACUAAUGCAUGACUGAAAGAAAUCUCAUCUGUAUUAUUAAUUCACUUAUCUAUAAAGUUGUAUCUACGACACUUCCAGUCUUUACGCUAAGCUAAGCUAAUGGGCAGUAAUUUAAUAUUUGACAGAUGGUAUCAAUAUUUUCAUCAAAUGACAAGACAAGAAAGUGAAUAAGCAUAUUUCCCAGUCAGUUAAAAGAGCUAGCACCAACAGCUAGCACUUCAUUCAGAAACUGUAAAGGGAUUUUGAAGUUUCACAGAAAAUUACCAUUCACUGGAAAUAGGCCCAAUGACACCUAGCUAAAAUGUACAGACUCUGCAUGCGUCAUUGCUUUAAGAUGUUUAAGAAUGGUAGGGGAAGAAAAUGUAUAACCAGUGCAGAAGCUGAAGUGUUUGUUUUUGGAAGUGCUGUCUUACUCUUGGCUUAAAUCAGUGAAUACAUUGUACAAGGUUAAAGGCAGGAAGUCAUUAGGAGUAGUGUUAUACACUGAGAAAUUAUGCAUUUGUAUAUAAGGGAAAACAUGGUGUUAGCUUCAGAGUCAGUCAUGCAAAUACGUAAUCCAAAAUGAUAAAUUCCUGAGGCACAAAUUUAGUUUUCCAUUUUUCAAUUUUUUAUUUGGAUGGCCAUUUGUGUUAUGUUUCAGUGCAUGUUAAGAGGUUAUUUGCAGCACUAUCCCUGAUCAGUUCCACAUGGUAAUUUUGACAUCUUGAAUGUUCCUUACUGGAUUGCAUAAAUUACAUUUCCAGUAGUAUUGUGAUUGAGAACCCAGUCUCGUCAGCUUGAUGUGUAAAUGUUAUUCAAAUAUCAUUUUAUUCUAAAAAAGAAAAAAGAAACAAUAUUACCUGAGUGUUAUUUGUGCAUAAAGCAUUUUGGAAGUUACAUUUGACUAUUCAUUUCUGUUCUCCUGUUGCUGUCCUUGAAUCGAGUUGAAAGUGGACUUUAUAAAUGCCAAUGGCAACAUCAAACUUUCUUGCCAGUGGUUGAGGACUUUUUCGAGACGCUCAACUUUGUUAUCCAAAGCAUAGAAGGAGAUUAAUGGCAGAUUGUGGCAUGAAGGUAAAUGUUAGAAUAAAAAAUAGAUAUUUUAUCAGC